AUGCAGGCCCUGGAAGACGGCCCGUGCUUCCGCCGCCUCCCCAAUCCCCGCGGUGGGAGGCGGCCCAAGAGGAUCAACAAGCCCUCCGUGUCGGCCUUUUUCACGGGCCCGGAGGAGCUGAAGGACACGGCCCACUCGGCCGCGCUGCUGGCGCAGCUCAAGUCCUUCUACGACUCGCGGCUGCUGUGCGACGUGACCAUCGAGGUGGUGACGCCCGGCAGCGGGCCUGGCACGGGCCGCCUCUUCUCCUGCAACCGAAACGUGCUGGCCGCCGCCUGCCCCUACUUCAAGAGCAUGUUCACCGGCGGCAUGUACGAGAGCCAGCAGGCGAACGUGACCUUGCACGACGUGGACGCCGAGUCCUUUGAGGUGUUGGUCGAAUACUGCUACACCGGCCGCGUGUCCCUGAGUGAAGCCAACGUGGAACGCCUGUACGCGGCCUCCGACAUGCUGCAGCUCGAGUACGUGCGGGAAGCCUGCGCUUCCUUCCUGGCCCGCCGCCUGGACCUGGCCAACUGCACCGCCAUCCUCAAGUUCGCUGACGCCUUCGGCCAUCGCAAGCUGCGGUCGCAGGCCCAGGCCUUCAUAGCCCACAACUUCAAGCAGCUCAGCCAGAUGGGCCCGAUUCGGGAGGAGACUCUGGCAGAUCUGACCCUGACCCAGCUGCUGGCUGUCCUGCGCCUGGACAGUCUAGACAUCGAGAGUGAGAGGACAGUGUGUCACGUUGCCCUGCAGUGGUUGGAGGCGGCUCCCAAGGAGCGGGGUCCCAGCGCUGCGGAAGUCUUCAAGUGUGUCCGCUGGACACACUUCGCUGAAGAAGAUCAGGAUUACCUGAAAGGGCUGUUGACUAAGCCCAUCGUGAAGAAGUACUGCCUGGACCUUAUCCAAGAGGCUCUGCAGAUGCGAUAUGGUGACAUGAGGUACAAGUCUGUGGUGCCAAGGCCAGACGGCAGCAGCAGCUCUGUUGCAUCCACAGCAGAAAAUCCACCCCAGAGGCUGGGCAUGUGUUCCAAGGAGAUGGUGAUCUUUUUUGGACAUCCCCGAGACCCUUUUCUCUGCUAUGACCCAUACUCAGGGGACAUUUACACCAUGCCUUCACCUUUGGUCCGCUUGGCUCACACUAAAACUAUCUCCUCCUCAGCUGUCUGUGUCUCUCCGGACCAUGACAUCUACUUAGCUGCCCAGCCCAGGAAAGAACUCUGGGUAUAUAAACCAGCUCAGAAUAGUUGGCAGCAACUUGCAAAUCGCUUACUCUGUCGGGAGGGCAUGGAUGUGGCUUACGUCAAUGGCUACAUUUACAUCUUGGGUGGGCGAGACCCUAUUACUGGGAUGAAAUUUAAGGAAGUGGAAUGCUACAGUGUUCAGAGGAAUCAGUGGACACUGGUGGCUCCUGUACCCCACUCCUUCUAUUCCUUCGAACUAAUAGUGGUUCAGAACUACCUUUAUGCUGUGAACAGUAAGCGCAUGCUCUGCUACGAUCCUAGCCACAAUACGUGGUUGAACUGUGCUUCUCUUAAACGUAGUGACUUUCAGGUAGCCUGUGUCUUCAAUGAUGAGAUCUAUUGUAUCUGUGACAUCCCAGUCAUGAAGGUCUACAAUCCAGUCAGAGGAGAAUGGAGGCAGAUAAAUAAUAUUCCUUUGGUGUCGGAGACCAGCAACUACCGGAUCAUCAAUCAUGACCAAAAACUGUUGCUGAUUACCUCACGCACCCCACAAUGGAAAAAGAACCGAGUGACUGUGUAUGAAUAUGACAUUAGUGGAGACCAGUGGAUUAAUAUAGGUACUACAUUAGGCCUCUUCCAAUUUGAUUCUAACUUUUUCUGCCUCUCAGCUCGUGUUUAUCCUUCCUGUCUUGAGCCUGGUCAGAGUUUCCUCACUGAGGAAGAGGAAAUACCAAGUGAAUCUAGUACUGAAUGGGAUUUAGGUGGAUUCAGUGAGCUAGAUUCUGAGACAGGAAGUUCAAGUUCUUUAUCUGAUGAUGAUUUGUGGGUACAGGUAGCACCUCAGUGA